AUGGCGAAGCGCAAACGCAACGCGCUUGCACACGCCGUCGACGCUUCGCAUACGUCGGCCAAAACCGAACACGACCGGAUCGCGCUCGAGCAAUCCAAAUCGCACAUCAACCAUCUUGCCGGUGGCAAGAUCGUUAUCCCGCAGAAAAGAUGGUAUCGACAGCGAGCGCAUGCGAAUCCAUUCUCGGAUCACUCCCUGCAGUAUCCCACUCAGCCGAGUGAGAUGAACUGGGGCACAAUCUAUCCGAGAUUCUUCGACCCGAAAACGGGCGAGAAGAAGCAAGCAUAUGAGCACGCCAACGGAGUUGAGUUUGCGGACGUCGGAUGUGGAUUUGGAGGCUUGUUGAUGCAGCUGGCUCCGUUGUAUCCGGAGACGUUGAUGUUGGGCUUGGAGAUUAGGGUGCAUGUGACACAGUACGUGCAUGAUAAGAUCGUCGCGCUACGGUUGGCGGCUCAACAGGGUAGGUUGGAACACGCCAGCACGAGCACAGGCACGAGCACAGGCACGAGCACAGGCACAAGCGCAAGCAGGGAGUUGAAUUGCAAAACCGACCAAGCUUCGACUUGCACAGCGCAAGAUGAUGCUGCCUCAUGUGCGGGUGGAUCAGCAAUUGCGUCUACGACGUCUGCAGCGGCAGAUGACGACGAAAUGGACGAGCUUACAGCGAAUGCUGAGCUUGUCUCGUCAGCACACCUUACGCCUGGAUCGUACGACAACGUCGGCGUCCUGCGUGCCAACGGUAUGAAGUUCCUGCCCAACUUCUUCCACAAACACCAACUCUCGAAACUGUUUUUCCUGUUCCCGGACCCGCACUUCAAGUCGCGCAAACACAAAGCUCGCAUCAUCUCGCCCACGCUGCUCGCCGAAUACGCCUACGUCCUGCGUCCCGGCGGCAUCGUGUACAUCAUCACCGACGUCAAGCAACUGUACGACUGGAUGGAUCAACACCUCGGUCAACAUCCAUUGUUCAAACGGCUCGAUCCACACCAGGACAAGUUGAAACAUGACAUCUGCGUCAACGCCGUCUUCACAGCCACCGAAGAGGGCAAGAAAGUCGAAAGAAACAGAGGCGACAAGUGGUUCAGCGCUUUCGAACGAUUGCCUGACCCACAAGAGCACGACUAG